CGCGCCUAAGGUACGGAGCCACUCCUCCCACUUCUGAUAUCGAUGUCCCUGCCUCACAUGAAGCCGAGCCGCAGCUGAGGCCUUCUGCCUUUGGUCAACCUCUCAUUCGCAAAUAUUCGCCAUCUUCCUGGCUGAAAUACUUCCACAACAGCGUCAGCUCCCAUCAUGGAUGGACAGCUCAUCAGCAUCCUGGGAGAGCCCGUGACAGACCCUGAAGAAGAAGCCUUCCUUCUGUUCUCGCAAGAUAUUCCGUCUCAGUCUCUAGGCUUCAUUGACUCCAAGGCACCUGCUCUCAAUAUCACCGUUGCCGGGCAUGAUCUUACCAUCCAUCAGUCACGAGGACUUCUUCACUCAGACAGAAAGCAGGGAACGACGGGUGCAGUCGUCUGGAAAGUCACUCCCUUGUUUGCCGAGUGGGUAGCUUCACAGAACUUUGUUUUUGAAGCUGGUUACCUAGCAGCGGAUUCUAUUGCUCUUGAGCUUGGCGCCGGUGUCGCGGGGAUUGUAGCCUUGGCCCUUGCCCCUAAGAUCAAGAGGUAUAUUGCCACAGACCAAGGCUAUGUGCUCCGCCUUCUCAAACAGAAUAUUUCUGAGAACUCUGCCACAAAUUCUAGAAACGGUAAUAAAAUAGAGCGCUCCAGACACAAGCGACCUCAUGCAGCGAACAACCUACCAUCCUCCAAUAUAGAAACUCUCGAACUGGACUGGGAAUCAGACCUUAGGUUAGCGCUGUAUUCUGUCCUCGGGCGAGAAGACUCGAUUUCUGACGGUGGCCCGAACGGGGUGGACUUGCUCAUUGCUUGCGAUUGUAUUUACAACGACACGCUAAUCGAGCCAUUGAACGAGGCCUGUGCGCAGAUUUGCCAUCUGCGUUCUAGCAAUCCAGAGGCGAGACCAACACUAUGCCUCAUCGCCCAACAGCUUAGGUCCUACGAAGUCUUUGAAUCCUGGCUAAAGAGUUUCCAUCAGAAAUUUCAUGUCUGGAGAGUCCCUGACCAGCUACUUAUAGCGCCCCUAAGAGAGCACUCAGGUUUUGUCAUUCACAUCGGCCUCCUGCGAUGAGUUUUACUACUUGGGACCUUCUCUACCUGUACAGCAUGUGGUAGCGGCUAGCAUCCUAUGUCCGACUUCCUAACAAUGCCCUUCCUUAAUAUCCCACAACCCUUGUAUAUUACAACGCCAAUAUCAUUGUACGACAUCUUCUUCUAGGGAUUCACUACAAUAUGAAUGCAUUUCCUCCAUUCCCUUUUAUGUAUGUAC